GGAGAGAGGGACAUAGGACGCUGUCAGAUUUCUGGGUACAGCACCUGGACAAGCUCAAAGUCUUGGUGAUGCUUGGAACCUCAAGGACUACUGACACAGCAACUUAUUGCUUCCUGUCGUCACGAGUUGACAAAGACAUGGAAAGCGAACGUACACAAGCCUAAUCUUCUUUUAAUUUAUUUGGCUGCCAGAGUCAGAGUGGUGCAGAGUGCCCCAUGGUUUUGGGCGAGGAGAGGAGAACUUCUCACCCAGUUGGGUGGCAGAGGAACAGAAGGCUUUGUUGGAGGAAUGUCCUGGAACAAUUAUUGUGUUGUUUUCAGAAGAGGAAUGGAAAAAAAAGCGUUUCGAAUGAGAAGAGAGUGUGCGAGUUGCUCAUUGAGAAUAAGGAGAAUGGUGAUGGACGGGUAAGCUGUGAGGCCAUAGAGUGUGAUGUGAAUGAAGACAGCUUGGAAGAUGGGGGCAGUAUGGACUUGGAGGCCUUGGAGAGCAGUCACAGUCCGGCACCAGACAACCCGUAUGAAAGGGAGGGAAGCACAAGCCGUGACCUGACACCACACAAGGGGCUCCCAGAAAAAGCUGACCUGCUGUCUUUAGAUGUGAAACGGUCACAGCCACUGUUAAUACAGAGUGCAAGAUGGGGGCGAUUACGAGACGAGGAGUCGCGAUCAUCAUCACUCCCUGACAUCCCAAACCCAUUCCCAGAACUCUGCAACUCUUCCCCAAUCCUUAGCCACACGCCCAACAGCAGUUCUCCGCUGGAAGGGGGUCCUCAUAUGGUGAAAGUAUACAGUGAGGAUGGCACAUGCCGAUCACUAGAAGUGACAGCGGGAGCCACAGCACGGCAUCUGUGUGAUAUGCUGGUAGAGAGGGCUCAUUGCCUAAGUGAUGAGAGCUGGUCCUUAGUGGAGCUUCACCCACAUCUGGGGCUUGAAAGGUGCCUUGAAGAUCACGAGUCUGUGGUGGAGGUGCAGGCUAUGUGGCCUGCUGGAGGAGACAGCAAGUUCAUUUUUCGCAAGAAUUUUACCAAGUAUGAACUGUUUCGGGGAUCUCCAUAUGCUUUAUUCCCGGAGGACAUGAUUGCUGGAAAUGUAGAAUCUCACAAAGGACUGUCUCACUCAGAGCUUAUACAGAACUUCCUCAACUCAGGCAGCUGGCCCGAGAUCCAAGGCUAUUUGCAUAUGAAGGAAAGCGGCCGAAAAGUAUGGAAGCGCUUCUUUUUUUUCCUUCGCCGCUCUGGCCUGUAUUACUCUGCAAAGGGGACGUCUAAGGACCCUCGCCACUUACAGUAUUUAGCUGAUGUGAAUGAAUCUAAUGCCUAUUGCCUGACACAAGGAAAGAAGCUCUAUAGCGCCCCCACAGAAUUUGGUUUCUGUUUGAAGCCUUACAAGAUGAGGAGCGGCACUAAAGGGCUGAAGAUUUUGUGCAGUGAUGAUGAACAGUCUCGUACUUGCUGGCUUACUGCUAUCCGUCUAUUUAAGUAUGGAGCACAGCUCUAUAAAAACUACCAGCUCUCCAGGCGCAGUCCACACUCUUGGGCAGAUCUAAAAAAACAGCGCAGUGUAUCUGAUAGCACUUUGGUUCCCAUGGAUUUUUCGGGGUGUACCGGUCGCGUAAUCGAAAAUCCUCUUGAAGCACUUUCAGUGGCCCUUGAAGAAGCCCAGACCUGGAGGAAGAAAACAACUCACCGGUAUAGUCUACCGACACCGUGCCAGACAACUCCGAGUAGUGCAGUGAUACAUAAGACCCAGCCGUGGUAUCAUGGGCGUCUGUCCCGAGAUGAGACUCAGCGCCUCAUAACGCAACAAGGAAUGGUGGACGGAGUUUUCCUAGUGCGAGAAAGUACUAGAAAUCCCAAAGGAUUCGUCCUGUCAUUGUGUCACUUACAGAAGAUCAAGCACUACCUCAUCUUGCCGUGUGAGGAAGAUGCCAAGCCUUUCUACUCAAUGGAUGAUGGACAAACCAAGUUUGUAGACCUUAUCCAGUUGGUUGAGUUUCACCAGAUCAACAGGGGUAUCCUACCGUGUACCCUCAAGCACUACUGCACUUCUGUAGCACUGUAAAAGGGUCUUGAUUACCACAAGCCAAGGACAGAACAGACCUCUUAAAGAAAACUAAUUACGAUUUAGACCGGACGUUUCCACAAGGUGAUUAAUGCACCGCUGUGUGAAAGAUGGCACAAUUUCAGUUCCGGGAUGUGUAAAUUAUUGCUAGAUUGUUACUGUGUGGAUCCAAAUCCUCAACUGAGUGGAUGAAGUUCUAUCAGGAGGCACAUAGUCAAUAAGCUAAAAAAUUUCUUUUCUCUGUGAUGCUACAAUCAUCUACGCAAGACUGUCAGGUGACAGCAGAAUGACAUUUGGUGGCUAAAUUCCAGUGGAAAUAAGCUUUCCAUAAUCUCCUAUGCCCUCUGAGAGAUGGCAGGAGAAGGGCACCCUAACUGUGUCUGGGAAGGAAUGUUAAACAGUGCAUCUGUUGCUGAGGGCACUGUACUGUAAAUAUCUACAAGGCCAGUUCAUUGUCAAAUAUUUUAUAUAAGGAAUCGUAAACUAUAUUUUUUUUCUUCUAUUUUCUCUUAUUUUGUACAGAAUUCUCUGAACACAAUCUACAUAUGAAGAGAAGCAGGUUAUUUAUAUAUUCAAAAGUAACACAAUAAUAAAAAAAAUAUUCACUA